AUGUCAGUUCUCAUCUUACCGGGCCCCCAGGCCCUUUCUGCGUUCCGUGUGGAAAACCUGGCCAGGGGCAUCGAGGCCUACUGUAACAGCUCGUCGGUGAUCUCCGAAGUACGUUCGUGUUAUGUGCAUUAUGUGGACGUCGAGGGCCAAGAAGCGCUUUCAGAGCGUGAAAGACAGCUGCUAGAAGUGCUCCUGACGUACGACCAGGCGCUGGACGACUCAGACGGGUACGUCCAGCAGCUGAAGACCGGAAUUGUCAGCUCUUCUUCCGGCCAGCUCGGCCCAGACACGUAUUUGGUGCGCAUUUUGCCCAGACCAGGCACCAUCUCGCCGUGGUCGUCGAAGGCCACCAACAUCGCGCGUGUGUGUGGGCUGGAGACGAAAAUCGGGCGUAUCGAGCGUGGUUUGGCUCUGCUCAUCAAAACCGUGCCGGGCUUCCCAUUGGUGGAGAACCUGAACGAGGAGUCGUUGAAGUCCUGCUUCGACAGAAUGACGCAGGAGCUGUUUCUGAUGGAGGCACCUGUGCCAGCGACCAUAUUUUCGCACGAAUCGCCCAAGCCAUUGGGACAUGUCAAGCUGUUUUCCGACAAGUCUGCGCCGCCCAAGGAGAUUUUGGAGGACGCCAACCAAAAACUCGGCUUGGCUUUGGAUAAGGGAGAAAUCGAUUACCUGAUUGGGGCUUUUGUCGACACCCUGCACAGGGACCCCUCCGACGUGGAGCUUUUCAUGUUUGCGCAGGUCAACUCCGAGCACUGUCGCCACAAGAUCUUCAACGCCGACUGGACCAUCGACGGUCUCCAAAAACAACUCACACUUUUCAAGAUGAUCAGAAAUACGCAUGCACACACCUCCGACUACACAAUAAGCGCGUAUUCCGAUAACUCGGCCGUUCUCGACACGGGAAACGACUCGUAUUACUACGCCCCGGACUUCAAAACCAAGACCUGGAAAGCCGUGAAGGAGAACGUGCCUAUGCUUGUGAAGGUGGAGACCCACAACCAUCCAACGGCCGUUUCGCCUUUCCCAGGUGCCGCCACUGGUUCUGGUGGUGAGAUCAGAGAUGAAGGUGCCACAGGUCGGGGCUCGAAGUCCAAGUGUGGUCUAAGUGGGUUCGCAGUUAGCGACCUAUUGAUCCCUGGCUUCAAGCAACCUUGGGAAUUGGACGUAGGUAAGCCAAACCACAUUGCUUCUGCCUUGGAUAUCAUGGUGGAAGCUCCCUUGGGUUCCGCGGCUUUCAAUAACGAAUUCGGAAGGCCUUGCAUCAACGGUUACUUUAGAACCUUGACCACUAAAGUCACUAAUUCCGACGACAAGGAGGAAGUCAGGGGUUUCCACAAACCGGUCAUGAUGGCCGGUGGUUUCGGUGCAGUUAGGCCCCAAUUUGCUUUGAAGAAUAAGCCAAUAACUCCAGGGUCGAGCCUAAUUGUCCUGGGUGGUGAAUCUAUGCUUAUCGGUCUAGGAGGCGGUGCCGCAUCCUCUAUCAACUCCGGUGAAGGUUCCGCGGAAUUGGAUUUUGCGUCUGUGCAAAGAGGUAACCCAGAAAUGGAACGCCGUUGUCAGCAAGUGAUUGACGCAUGUAUUUCCUUAGACUCCGGUAACCCUAUCCAGUCCAUCCACGAUGUAGGUGCUGGUGGUCUGUCCAACGCACUGCCAGAACUGGUUCACGACAAUGACCUUGGCGCUAAGUUUGACAUCAGAAAGGUGCUUUCCUUGGAGCCGGGUAUGUCGCCUGUGGAAAUUUGGUGUAAUGAAUCCCAGGAGCGUUAUGUCCUUGGUGUUUCUCAGCAAAACUUGCCUUUAUUCGAAGAUAUUUGCAAGAGGGAAAGGGCGCCAUAUGCCGUGGUUGGUAACGCUACCGCCGAGCAGAGGUUGAUUGUGGAAGACCCACUGUUGAAAACCACUCCAAUUGAUUUGGAAAUGUCCAUUCUAUUUGGCAAACCACCCAAAAUGACCAGAGAAGCUAUUACGCAACCUUUGAGCCUUCCUCCUGCAGACUUGAGUGUUAUCUCAUCUCUUGGUGACGCUAUUGACAGAGUCCUUACUCUGCCCACUGUUGGCUCCAAGUCUUUUUUGAUUACUAUUGGUGACAGGACCGUUACAGGGUUAAUCGACAGAGACCAAUUCGUUGGCCCAUGGCAAGUUCCCGUUGCUGACGUUGGUGUGACUGGUACGGCGCUCGGUGAUGAAAUUUGCAGAACUGGUGAAGCCCUUGCUAUGGGCGAAAGACCAACUAAUGCUUUGAUUUCUGCCGCUGCUUCUGCUAAGCUUUGUGUUGCCGAAUCCCUUUUGAACCUGUUCGCUGCCGAUAUUAAAUCUCUGAAGCACGUCAAGCUAUCGGCAAACUGGAUGUCGCCUGCUUCACACCAAGGGGAAGGUUCGAAGCUUUACGAGGCCGUUCAAGCCAUUGGUAUGGAUCUGUGUCCAGAUUUGGAUAUCGCUAUUCCUGUGGGUAAGGACUCGAUGUCGAUGAAGAUGAAGUGGGGAGACAAAGAAGUUACUGCACCUUUGACCUUGAACAUUACUGCUUUCGGUCCUGUUAAUAACACCUCCAACACUUGGACUCCACUUUUGAAAAAGCAAGAAGGCACUGUUCUUGUUCUUGUCGAUUUGGCUGCUAAGCAGCAAGAGCACUCUCUCGGUGGCUCGGCCUUGUUGCAGGUCUACAAUCAAGUCGGCAAUACCUCACCCACGGUACACGACAACAAGCUUUUCAAGGGUGUUCUGGAGUCAUUGCUGGAGCUACACCAGACUGAUUUAGUGUUCUCGUACCACGAUAGAUCGGAUGGUGGUGUCAUAGUUACUCUGUUGGAGAUGGCUUUCGCCUCGAGAUGCGGUAUGGACAUUGUUGUGGAUAAUGCCUCUAGCGUGUACACACCAUUGUUUAACGAAGAACUUGGUUGUGUCUUCCAAAUAGCUGAACAGAAUCUCUCAACUUUUGAAGAGAUCUUCAGUAAGCACGGUGUUUCCAGAGAUCACAUAUCUGUUAUCGGUCUGCCCAAGUUUGAUUCUCAAAGCAUUAUCAUCAGAAACAAAGCAGGUUUGGUAAAGUACGAAAAUACAAGAGCGUCUUUGCAGCAAACAUGGUCUGCCACUUCUUACCAACUACAGAAAAUGAGAGACAACCCAAUUUCUGCUGACCAAGAAUUUGCGAACAUUGCAGAUGAUAAAGACCCUGGUCUCCACUACUCGCUAACAUAUGAUCUCACUGACGAUAUGAAGGUUGGGCAAUUGGCGGCAAUCUCUAAGCCAAGAGUAGCAAUCUUGAGAGAACAAGGUGUGAAUGGCCAGAUGGAAAUGGCCUGGUCUUUCCAACAGGCAGGGUUUACCGCAGUUGACGUAACAAUGACCGACCUUUUGGAAGGCAGAGCCCAUCUCGAUGACUUCGUCGGUCUAGCUGCCUGUGGUGGUUUUUCCUAUGGUGACGUGUUGGGUGCCGGUGCCGGUUGGGCGAAGUCUGUGCUCUACCACGAGGGUGUGCGCAAACAAUUCGUCAACUUCUUCAACGAAAGAGAAGAUACUUUUGCGUUUGGUGCUUGUAACGGUUGCCAAUUUUUGAGCAGAUUAAAGGAUAUCAUUCCAGGCUGUGAAAACUGGCCAAGCUUUGAGAGAAACGCCAGCGAACAGUACGAAGCGCGUGUGUGCAUGUUGGAAAUCACUCAAGAUGACGGUUGCAAAACAGAGAGUGUAUUCCUGAACGGUAUGGUUGGGUCCAAGAUCCCUAUUGCUGUUGCUCACGGUGAAGGUAGAGCUUCCUUCAAAGAUCAAAAGGAAAUGGAAAGGUUUGAAGAAGGAGCCUUGUGCGGUGUCAGGUACGUGGACAACUAUGGCAAUGUUACCAGCAAGUACCCUUUCAAUCCUAAUGGAUCGACUAACAGCAUUGCUGGUGUGAGAUCUCCCAACGGCAGAGUCUUGGCCAUGAUGCCUCACCCAGAAAGGGUCACUAGAUUGGAAGCCAACUCCUGGUACCCAGCCGGUAAAUAUGAAGAAUGGGAAGGUUACGGUCCCUGGAUUAGAAUGUUCAGAUCAGCCAGGAGAUGGGUGGGCUGA